AUGUUUCGGAUCGGUAGGAGACAACUCUGGAAGCAGAGCGUCACCCGUAUUUUAACGCAAAGACUGAAGGAAGAGAAGGAAGCCAAACGGGCACGUUUGGAUGGUAGGCAUGACUACUUAUUUGCGAUUGUAGCUUCCUGUGUAGACCUGGACAAAACUGAAGUGGAAGAUGCCAUUCUUGAGGGGAAUCAGAUUGAAAGAAUCGAUCAGCUUUUCGCUGCUGGAGGUCUUCGUCACCUUAUAUUUUACUAUCAGGACAUGGAGGUAACAGAAACAGGUAUCCAAACUUGGUGUGAUAAUGAGUUGCAGAAGUUCAUGGAUGUUACAUUUGAAAAGAUUCAAAACACAAAUCAAGCUCUAAGUAUGUUAAAGAAAUUUGAAAGAUUGAACAUACCUAAUCUUGGUAUUGAUGACAAAUAUCGGCGUGUUCUUGAGAACUAUGGGGCUGACAUUGAUAUGAUCUCUAAGCUGUAUACAAAGCAGAAAUGCGAUCCUCCUUUGGCUCGAGAUCAGCCUCCCAUCGCCGGGAAGAUUCUUUGGGCCCGUCAGCUCUUCCACAGGAUUCAGCAACCAAUGCAGCUUUUCCAGCAGCACCCAACUGUGCUCCAGACGGCUGAAGCCAAGCCCGUGAUUCGCAAUUACAACAGAGUAGCCAAGGUACUCCUGGAGUUUGAGGUUCUCUACCACAGGGCAUGGCUUCAACAGGUUGAAGAAAUUCACAUAGGACUUGGGGCAUCUUUAUUGGUGAAGGCUCCACGCACAGGGGAAUUGUUUGUAAACUUUGAUCCUCAGAUAUUAACCUUAUUUAGAGAAACAGAGUGCAUGAUGCAGAUGGGUCUAGAAGUUUCACCAUUUGCAGCUGCCCUGUUCCAGAAACGGGAUGUAUACAAAAAGAACUUCAGUAACAUGAAGAUGAUGCUGGCUGAAUAUCAGAGAGUGAAGUCAAAAAUGCCUCCCACCAUAGAGACACUGAUGGCCCCUCAUUUGGCUAAAGUGGACGAAGCUCUUCAACCGGGCCUGGCUGCACUGAGCUGGACCUCACUGAACAUUGAGAUAUACUUAAAAAACACUUUUGCAAAGAUCAAGGACCUUGAGUUGCUGCUUGACAGAGUCAACGAUCUGAUGGAGUUCCGCAUCGAUGCCGUUCUGGAAGAAAUGAGCAGCACGCCGCUUUGCCAGCUCCCUGGGGAGGAGCCGCUUACCUGCGCAGACUUCCUCCAAAUGACAAAGGACCUUUGUAUAAAGGGUGCUCAGAUACUAAAUUUUAAAAGCUCAUUAGUGGAGGAAGCAGUGAAUGAGCUAAUAAAUAUGCUGCUGGAUGUGGAAGUUCUAUCCAAAGAAGAAAGUGACAAAGUGUCUAAUAUGAAUAGUGCUGAUUCAAAAAACAAAAGUUCGGCAAAGAGACAAGAAGGAAAGUCUGACACCUUGACAUCAUCCCUUAAGGCCCCGGCAGGCCUCCUGCCUUUGGCAACUAUCCUGAGAAAGAAGAAGGAGACUGAGGUGUUAGAGGAGGAAGCCUGUGGGUUGCUGUCCUAUUUCAACCACCAAAACAUGGAUGCACUUCUGAAAGUUACAAGGAACACACUAGAGGCCAUCCGCAGGCGUAUUCAUUCCUCCAACACGACGAACUUCCGGGGUAAUAAUUCCACACAGUUUACCUACUGGCAGCCCAGCCAUAAGCGUCUUCUAGGUGUUGGUGGUAUGGUUCUAGUGAUGUCUCUAUCCUCAAGGUGUUACAUCACAUUGGCUCAAGCUCUGGGAAUGAGCAUGGGAGGAGCUCCCGCCGGACCUGCAGGAACAGGGAAAACAGAAACGACUAAAGAUAUGGGACGUUGUCUUGGAAAAUAUGUUGUGGUUUUCAAUUGUUCUGACCAGAUGGAUUUCCGAGGCCUUGGGCGGAUUUUUAAAGGACUGGCACAGUCUGGAUCCUGGGGUUGUUUUGAUGAAUUUAACCGUAUCGAUUUACCAGUUCUGUCAGUGGCAGCCCAGCAAAUUUCCAUUAUUCUGACAUGUAAAAAGGAGCGGAAAAAGUCUUUUAUUUUUACCGAUGGAGAUAAUGUGACUAUGAACCCUGAAUUUGGACUUUUCCUGACCAUGAACCCUGGCUAUGCUGGGCGGCAGGAGCUCCCUGAGAACUUGAAGAUUAACUUCCGCUCUGUGGCCAUGAUGGUGCCCGACCGGCAGAUUAUCAUAAGGGUGAAGCUGGCUAGUUGUGGCUUUGUUGACAACAUUGUUUUGGCCAGGAAGUUUUUCACACUCUACAAGCUGUGCGAGGAGCAACUUUCUAAGCAGGUACAUUAUGAUUUUGGUCUGCGGAACAUUCUGUCAGUUCUGCGAACCUUGGGGGCGGCAAAAAGAGCCAACCCUUUGGAUACGGAAUCAACGAUCGUCAUGCGCGUACUCCGAGACAUGAAUCUUUCUAAACUGAUUGAUGAGGAUGAACCCUUAUUUUUGAGUUUGAUUGAAGAUCUCUUCCCAAAUAUUCUUCUGGACAAGGCAGGUUACCCUGAACUGGAAAUGGCGAUCAGUAGACAGGUUGAAGAAUCUGGUUUAAUCAACCAUCCUCCUUGGAAACUCAAAGUCAUCCAGCUGUUUGAGACACAGAGAGUGCGGCAUGGGAUGAUGACCCUGGGGCCCAGUGGAGCAGGGAAAACCACCUGCAUCCACACCUUGAUGAGAGCCAUGGCAGAUUGUGGAAAGCCACACCGGGAACUGAGGAUGAAUCCCAAAGCGAUUACGGCCCCACAGAUGUUUGGUCGGCUUGACGUGGCCACAAACGACUGGACUGAUGGGAUAUUUUCAACCCUUUGGAGGAAAACACUGAGGGCCAAGAAAGGUGAACAUAUCUGGAUAGUUCUUGAUGGUCCAGUAGAUGCUAUUUGGAUUGAAAAUCUGAAUUCUGUUUUGGAUGAUAACAAAACUCUAACUCUUGCCAAUGGCGAUCGGAUUCCCAUGGCUCCAAACUGCAAGAUCAUUUUUGAACCCCAUAACAUUGAAAACGCUUCACCUGCUACUGUCUCAAGAAAUGGAAUGGUUUUCAUGAGUUCUUCUAUCCUUGAUUGGAGUCCUAUUCUCGAGGGUUUCCUUAAGAAACGCUCGCCUCAAGAAGCUGAAAUUCUUCGUCAGCUCUACAGCAAGUCUUUUCCUGACCUGUAUCGCUUCAGUAUCCAGAACUUAGAAUACAAGAUGGAGAUGCUUGAGGCUUUUGUAAUCAUGCAGAGCAUUAACAUGCUUCAAGGGCUGAUCCCUCCAAAGGAGCAAGGUGUGGAGGUCACACCAGAGCACCUGGGGAGACUGUACGUCUUCUCCCUGAUGUGGAGCGUCGGUGCCCUGCUCGAACUGGAGGGCCGACGCCGGCUGGAGCACUGGCUGUGUUCUCAGGAAGCCUUGACCUUGGAUUUGCCGCCUCUGGAGGGGACGGAGGACACCAUGUUUGACUAUUACGUCUCGUCCACUGGUGAAUGGAGGCACUGGACCACGUGCACUGUGGAAUAUGUGUAUCCAUCUGACAUCACCCCAGAAUAUGGCUCCAUCCUGGUGCCAAAUGUUGACAACGUGAGGACUGACUUUCUAAUUAAAACCAUCGCCAAACAGGGCAAGGCUGUGCUGCUGAUUGGUGAGCAAGGAACAGCUAAAACAGUCAUUAUCAAAGGAUUUAUGUCAAAAUACGAUUCUGAAAGUCACAUGAUCAAGAGUUUGAAUUUUUCUUCUGCAACCACCCCACUGAUGUUUCAGAGGACAAUAGAGAGCUAUGUGGAUAAGCGUAUGGGUACAACAUAUGGUCCUCCUGCAGGAAAGAAGAUGACUGUUUUUAUUGAUGAUGUGAAUAUGCCAAUAAUCAAUGAGUGGGGAGAUCAGGUUACUAAUGAGAUAGUACGACAGCUGAUGGAACAGAAUGGAUUUUAUAACCUAGAGAAGCCUGGGGAGUUUACCAGCAUCGUGGAUAUCCAGUUUUUGGCAGCCAUGAUCCAUCCUGGGGGUGGACGCAAUGAUAUACCGCAAAGACUCAAGAGGCAGUUCUCUAUAUUUAACUGCACAUUGCCUUCUGAUGCUUCCAUGGACAAGAUCUUUGGUGUUAUUGGGAGAGGCUACUACUGUGCUCAGAGGGGCUUCUCAGAAGACGUGAGAGAUUCGGUGAUGAAACUGGUUCCCCUCACACGCCGACUGUGGCAGAUGACCAAGAUUAAAAUGCUCCCUACACCUGCAAAAUUCCAUUACAUAUUUAACCUUCGAGAUCUUUCCAGGAUCUGGCAGGGCAUGCUGAACACCACCUCAGAGGUUAUCAGGGAACCGGAUGAACUGUUACGGCUGUGGAAGCAUGAGUGUAAACGUGUUAUAGCUGAUCGUUUCACGGUGUCCAGUGAUGUGACCUGGUUUGAUAAGGCUUUAGUAGGUUUGGUGGAGAAGGAGUUUGGUGAAGAGAAAAAACUCUUGGUGGAUUGUGGAACUGAUGCUUAUUUUGUGGACUUCUUGAGGGACGCACCUGAAGCUACAGGUGAAACACCUGAGGAGGCUGAUGCUGAAAUGCCCAAAAUUUAUGAGCCGAUUGAAUCUUUCGAUCACCUAAAGGAGCGCUUGAAUAUGUUCCUGCAGCUGUAUAAUGAGAGCAUCCGUGGCACUGGCAUGGAUUUGGUGUUCUUCGAGGACUCCAUGGUUCACUUAGUCAAGAUCUCACGUGUCAUUGGCACACCCCGGGGAAAUGCCCUCCUGGUUGGAGUGGGGGGAUCAGGAAAACAGAGCCUGACAAGGUUGGCUUCGUUCAUUGCUGGCUAUUCUUCCUUCCAGAUCACUCUGACAAGAUCCUACAACACAUCAAAUCUGGUGGAAGACUUGAAGAUUCUUUAUAGAACGGCGGGGCAGCAAGGCAAAGGAAUCACUUUUAUCUUUACAGACAAGGAGAUUAAGGAUGAGUCAUUUUUGGAAUAUAUGAACAAUGUUUUAUCAUCGGGUGAGGUCUCCAACCUAUUUGCUUGUGAUGAAAUUGAUGAAAUUAAUAGUGAUCUCCUAUCUGUCAUGAAGAAAGAAUACCCCAGGCGCCCUCCUACCAAUGAGAACCUGCAUGACUACUUCAUGAGUCGGGUCCGACAGAACCUUCACAUUGUCCUCUGCUUUUCACCUGUUGGGGAGAAAUUUCGAAAUCGAGCGUUGAAAUUCCCUGCCCUUAUUUCAGGAUGUACUAUUGACUGGUUCAGCCGAUGGCCUAAGGAUGCCUUAGUUGCUGUGUCCGAACACUUCCUGUCCUCCUAUGACAUUGACUGCAGUUUGGAAACCAAGAAGGAAGUGGUCCAGUGCAUGGGCUCCUUCCAGGAUGGGGUGGCUGAGAAGUGUGUUGACUAUUUCCAGAGAUUCCGACGCUCUACUCACGUGACUCCCAAGUCCUACCUCUCCUUUAUUCAGGGCUAUAAGUGCACGUACAGAGAAAAACAUGUGGAAGUGCAAACUCUAGCCAGUAGAAUGAAUACUGGAUUGGAGAAGCUAAAAGAAGCCUCAGAGUCUGUUGCAGCCCUGAGCAAAGAACUGGAAGCGAAAGAAAAGGAGCUCCAAGUGGCCAAUGAUAAAGCCGACAUGGUCUUAAAAGAAGUGACAAUGAAAGCACAGGCCGCCGAGAAGGUCAAAGCUGAGGUACAGAAGGUGAAGGACAAAGCCCAAGCCAUCGUGGACGGCAUCUCUAAAGAUAAAGCCAUUGCCGAAGAGAAACUGGAAUCAGCAAAACCAGCUUUAGAAGAAGCAGAAGCAGCCCUGAAGACCAUCAAGCCUUCGGACAUCGCCACUGUCCGCACGUUGGGCCGACCCCCUCACCUCAUUAUGAGGAUCAUGGAUUGUGUGCUGCUCCUGUUUCAAAGGAAAGUCAAUGCAGUGAAAAUUGACCUGGAAAAAAGCUGUACAAUUCCGUCCUGGCAAGAAUCUUUAAAACUCAUGACUGCAGGAAACUUCUUACAGAACUUACAGCAAUUCCCAAAAGACACAAUCAAUGAAGAAGUGAUAGAAUUUUUGAAUCCUUACUUUGAAAUGACAGACUACAACAUUGAAACUGCUAAACGCGUAUGUGGGAACGUAGCUGGCCUUUGUUCCUGGACCAAAGCCAUGGCUUCCUUCUUUUCUAUCAACAGAGAAGUGUUGCCUCUGAAGGCCAACUUGGUGGUACAGGAGAAUCGUUACAUCUUGGCCAUGCAGGAUCUGCAGAAGGCCCAGGCUGAGCUGGAUGACAAGCAAGCAGAGCUCGACGUGGUGCAGGCUGAGUAUGAACAGGCCAUGACCGAAAAGCAGACCUUGCUUGAAGAUGCGGAGCGCUGCAGACGAAAGAUGCAGACUGCCUCCACUCUGAUCGGUGGCUUGGUGGGAGAAAAAGAAAGAUGGACAGAACAAAGUAAAGAGUUUGCUGCACAAACAAAAAGACUUGUAGGGGAUGUAUUGUUGGCUACAGCUUUUCUAUCUUAUUCUGGUCCAUUUAACCAAGAGUUUCGCAAUCUGCUGCUGUAUGACUGGCAGAAGGAAAUGAAAGCCCGGGAAAUCCCAUUUGGAGACAGUCUAAAUCUCAAUGAGAUGUUGAUUGAUGCUCCCACUAUUAGUGAAUGGAACCUCCAAGGUCUGCCAAAUGAUGACCUAUCUAUUCAGAAUGGAAUUAUUGUCACAAAGGCAUCUCGCUAUCCUUUGUUAAUUGAUCCACAAAUUCAAGGGAAGAUCUGGAUUAAAAAUAAAGAAAGCCAGAAUGAACUCCAGAUCACAUCUCUAAAUCACAAGUACUUCAGAAACCAUCUGGAGGACAGUCUUUCUCUUGGAAGGCCCUUGCUUAUUGAAGAUGUUGGGGAGGAACUAGAUCCAGCACUGGAUAAUGUUUUGGAGAGGAACCUCAUUAAGACUGGGUCUAUCUUUAAGGUGAAAGUUGGUGAUAAGGAAGUAGAUGUGAUGGAUGGCUUCAGACUCUACAUCACCACCAAACUGCCCAAUCCAGCCUACACCCCUGAAAUAAGCGCUCGGACCUCUAUCAUUGACUUCACUGUCACCAUGAAAGGUCUGGAAGAUCAGUUACUAGGGAGAGUCAUCUGCACAGAGAAGCAGGAACUGGAGAAAGAGAGAACUCAUCUCAUGGAAGAGGUAACUGCAAACAAAAGAAGGAUGAAAGAGUUAGAAGAUAAUUUGCUUUACCGGCUGACGAGUACCCAGGGGUCCCUGGUGGAAGACGAGAGUCUCACUGCUGUGCUGAGUAACACAAAAAAGACCGCAGAAGAGGUGACACAGAAGCUGGAAAUUUCGGCCGAGACAGAAAUUCAAAUUAACUCAGCCCGGGAGGAAUACAGACCUGGUGUGAGCCAGGACCUGCUGGACGUGAACACUGCAGCCCAGUGGAAACCCAUGCUCUAUACUGUGGCUUUCCUGCACUCCACAGUCCAGGAGAGGAGGAAGUUCGGUCCUCUGGGGUGGAACAUCCCCUAUGAAUUUAAUCAGGCCGACUUUAAUGCCACUGUGCAGUUCAUCCAAAACCACUUAGAUGACAUGGACGUCAAAAAGGGUGUCUCCUGGACCACCAUCCGCUACAUGAUAGGAGAAAUUCAGUAUGGGGGCAGAGUCACUGAUGACUAUGAUAAGAGGUUGCUGAACACAUUUGCUAAGGUCUGGUUCAGUGAAAAUAUGUUUGGAUCAGAUUUCAGCUUUUACCAAGGAUAUAAUAUUCCGAAAUGCAACACAGUGGAUAACUAUCUUCAAUAUAUCCAGAGCCUGCCUACCUACGACAGCCCCGAGGUGUUCGGGCUGCAUCCCAAUGCCGACAUUACCUACCAGAGCAAGCUGGCCAAGGACGUGCUGGACACCAUCCUCAGCAUCCAACCCAAGGACAGCUCUAGUGGAGGGGAUGAGACCCGGGAGGCUGUGGUGACCCGGCUGGCUGAUGAUAUGCUGGAAAAGCUGCCCCCGGACUAUGGCCCAUUUGAAGUGAAAGAGAGGCUCCAGAAGAUGGGGCUGUUCCAGCCGAUGAACAUUUUCCUCAGGCAGGAGAUAGACCGAAUGCAGAGGCUGCUCACUCUGGUCCGCAGCACCCUGACCGAGCUAAAACUUGCUGUUGAUGGUACCAUCAUCAUGAGUGAAGACCUAGGAGAUGCACUGGACUGCAUGUUUGAUGCCAGAAUUCCUGCUCGGUGGAAGAAAGCAUCAUGGGUUUCAAGUACAUUGGGUUUCUGGUUUACUGAACUUCUAGAAAGAAACUGCCAGUUUACCUCUUGGGUUUUCAAUGGUCGACCCCAGUGCUUCUGGAUGACAGGUUUUUUUAACCCCCAAGGAUUUUUAACUGCAAUGCGCCAGGAAAUAACUCGGGCCAACAAAGGCUGGGCCUUGGACAAUAUGGUGAUUUGCAGUGAGGUCACCAAGUGGAUGAAGGAUGACAUUUCCGCCCCGCCCACCGACGGUGUCUAUGUCUACGGCUUGUACCUUGAAGGUGCUGCUUGGGACAAGAGGAACAUGAAACUCAUCGAAUCCAAACCAAAAGUGCUCUUUGAGUUGAUGCCUGUCAUAAGGAUUUAUGCAGAAAACAACACUUUAAGAGAUCCUCGGUUUUAUUCCUGCCCCAUUUACAAGAAGCCAGUCCGAACGGAUCUGAACUACAUCACCGCUGUGGACCUCAGGACAGCACAGGUCCCUGAACACUGGGUGCUCCGUGGGGUUGCCCUUCUCUGUGAUGUCAAGUAACAUGGGAUGUGUCCCCACCCAAAACUUCAGAAAAUCCAAAUUAUCCUAACCUUUGUUUGUCUGUGAGUGCUGAACAAUGUAUAAAUCAGGUUGAUCAUGCAGUUAAUGAGCUGCGUAGGUUUUUCUACUCUUUAGUUGGACGCUUAAUUCCUUUUAACCUGCUUCAUCCUUAAUGACCAAUCCCUGUGUUUGUUGAAAAGUUAUUUGGUGAUUUAAAAGCAAAAUUUACAACUUCCUAAUGAAGUGUGGCCCGCAAAUCCACAGUAAUGCAUUCAGGUCCAAAGACUGGGUAAGGUCAAGCAGACAUUUCCUUGAAGCGAUUAUUCUUCUGCUAAUGUGGUUCUGGUAACAGCCAGCCCUGUUCUCUAAGGUAACGUGGCAGCUUUGUGCUGAUUUUGCUUCUGUGGCCUUUUGCCCUUAGGUCAGGUUAAGAGAUUUGUUUUCACGGCUUAAGCAGCCAUUUGGGAAGACCUUUUAGAAAAUGGGAGGAAAUAGAAUGGGUUAAGAAUGUGAAUAGAUGAAUAGACAAUUCAUGUAA